CAAGUCUGGACCAUAAUAAGUCAUACCAUUAAUUACCUUAUAAGCUUCAAUUAGGUCCCCACGUAUUCGCCGCUCUGCCAGCGUUGUCAAAUUGAGGAUUUCCAGUCUACGGCUGUAAGGAAGAGUACCCACCUCAUCAAUCAGACGGGUAAACCGCCUCUGAAAUCAAGAUGAGGUCUUAUUAAAGCUUUAUAUAUAGCAAUCAUAACAACCUUUUCUCUAAUAACUAAAUUCCUUACAAUCCAAGAAAUCAUACGAUUUGCCUUAGCAAUACAUGCUUUGAUCUGUCCGUUCCAAAGCAGGUAGCUAUGGGUAAUAACCCCCAAAUCUUUUUCCGGUGCAGAUACUUCAAGUUCUAUACCAUUUACCUUAUGGACACGUUCAUAAAAAGGUGGCACUAGAGAUUGAUUCUUCACUGCCAAAAUUGUGUGAAGCAUUUUAAAAUACUUGUAUGUCAAGGAGUAUGCUAUGAAAGUUAACCAAAUUUAAAAUGUGGUCCAAAAAGAUUCAAAUGUCACAUAAUUAAGUCAUUCAUCUCUUUUAAAUAUAUCUGUUAAUUGUGCAGAUAUGAGCCAAAAAUCACAAAAUCUUCAUUUCUUGCACCUCUAAUGAUGAAUUUACAUAACAGCAUCAAGCUUGCCAGAGCGAUGGCAGCUUAUCAUGUCGUCCUUCUUAAUCUUUAGGGUCUCCCUGCAGAACUUGGAGUCGUCCUCCUGGCGUUGCUUAGUGGUAGUCUUUUUGCUCUCUGGAACCUUGAGCACACAGAUUGAGUUUUCGUUUGUUUCGCUCAAAUGUAUCAGUGUGCAUCUUCAUUUGCACUUCCGAAAUAACAGUUUCAGAAGCUUGUUCACGACUCAUGUCAUCAAGAACCUUCUUCUGGGUUUGUGCUGUUACCUCAGAAUAGAGACAAACAGCUUUAUCAACUGUUUUCUCUGCACUGCCUUUGAGGGCUUCUUUGAGAGAGUUUGUCAGAGCUGGUGUAAUAAGCUUGAUCUCUUCUUUGAGGAUAGCCCUGAUUGAUCUGUUUUCAACAGAGUCUGGUGAGGUGUUGGGUACCACGAAACAAUACGGACACUUCCAGUUGAUAAGAAGUUCAAGCAUUUCCUCCUUUAGACCUGUCAAGCCGACACAACUGAGUUGCCAGUAAAUUUUACAGGAUUCACACUCUACUGAAAGCUGCUCCGAAAUGUAAUCUUCGCACUGACAAUAUUUCUCUUCAGACUUUGGAACAUUGAUGGUAGAAUCCUCCUUUGGGGGGCUCAUCGUCACUUUGCUUCGUGUCGACGCCCUUUCGGGUACAUUCUUUGAGUCUUUGGCUCCAUCCCUGAACUCAAAUUAUUUGUUAUAUAGUAGUGUUGAAAGUAUUAAAACUGGGGAGAAGCCAGGCAGCAACAUUUCACAAAGAGAGGAAAGGAGUAUGAAAAGUAUGAAAAUGAGCCACUCCAUCAACCCCACCAAACAUACUCUCGCACUAAUCCAGACUCACAAGAAGAAUUCUAACACGUGGCUCUCUAAACGAGAAUUACGGGACUUGAAAAAGUCGAAAAUGCUGCACGGUGACAUCCUGGCUAUUCUCAACAAAAUUACUCCACAAAACUUCAAGGAUUUAUGUGCGCAUAUACUGCAGCUGGGUAUUGAUAACAUGGAAAAACUGGAGAUAGCAGUGGAGAUUAUUUUUGAGAAAGCCGUGUUGGAGCCACUCUACAGUCAGACUUAUGCUAACCUCUGUAAGAUAAUGGGAGCGAUUAAGUUUCCGGAGGAGCAGAACUCCAAAGUGUCUCCGUUCAGAAAGACUCUGCUGAACAGAUGUCAGAAGGAGUUUUUCAGAGAAAAGAGCGAUGGGGAUAAACUCAACAAAAAGAUGGAUGAACUUCAAGCCCGUACUGAUUUGGCCGAGAACGAGAAGCAGGCACAAAUGGAGGAGCUGUUGUUCCAGAGCAGCAAAUUUAAAAGAAGGAUGCUGGGUAACAUCAACUUCAUUGGGGAACUCUUCAAUUUGGGCAUGUUGUCCUCUAAAAUCAUCCUCAGCCAGUGUGUUGGUAACCUGCUGGCUAAACGAGCACAAGGAAAGUUGGAUGAGGAAGUGGUGGAAUGUCUCGCUAAGUUGUUUUCUACCGUCGGACUAAAACUUGAGAACGAGUGCAAGGAUGAACUUAAGAAACGAGCUUUCGAGAAAAGUUUCGGUGACUUCAAAGAAUUGGGAUCAAAUUCGAACUACGCGUACCGUAUCCGGUUCAUGAUACAAGACGUCGUGGAGUUGCGUGAUAAUAACUGGGUGCCGCGCCGUAUUGUGUCUGGACCACAGAGAAUAGAUGGUAUACACAGAGAACACGCAAAAGAAGAGCAGGAAGAGCUGCAGAAGAUGGAGGCUGCCGUAGCUUCAAGCAGCAGGGAAUCUAAAUCAAGAGCAGAUCUCCCUGAUAAGCGAGGAGCUCCACGCUAUUCGCGCUUCUCAUCUCCUUAUUCACGAAAUGAAACACCCCAGAGAUUUGGCAAAUCCUUUAACUUGGAGCUAGAGUAUAUUCAGGACUCCGACGAUGGAUACUAGUGGAAUGUUUGCGAGUAGUUUUCAUAUUUUGCGGGAACUAUAACUAGUACUUCCAAGCUAUUUUGUGAGGAUUAUGGUGUUGUUGUAGAGUGAAGACUUCAACAAGGCUCACCCUUUACGUGCCUGGAUUCCAGGUUGAUGUUUUUCAAGUGAGGAUCUAGGAUUUUAGUUGUGUGAUCUGUGUGUUAAAUCUUUAAUAAAAUUUCAAAUUUUUAUCGCAACCUGAAUAUGAUAAAUUUGGUCGCUGCUUAUCUAUUGUUAUUUAGAUAUGUUGAGCUUUAUAUUUUGUCUUUACUUCUAAACUUCCUCAUUGUAUAUUUUAGGUACGAGGAAAAUGUCUGCCCUGAUUUUGUUAUGAACUUCGUUGCAAAGCAAGUUUUAAAGAGUAAAACUGGUGCUUUGACCGACAAACUAGACAAACUACUUUACUUUACUCUAAGUAACAAAAUACUUUCCCAGAUUUCUAAUUCAUGUAAAUACUCAGUAACACUUUUACUGUCAGCAGCAUUGCCAAUUAAUUUAAGGUCACUGGUCAUCAAGCAAAUAAUUUAAUUUAAUAUUAUUUCAAACUAACCAGUACAUUGAAUUGCCUACAUUGAAUUGGCUACUUU